AACCACGGCUACAAAGAAAGCAGAGGGGAGACAGAAGUCGAGAAACAAGUGCCGCCAUUAUCCCCGCAAGCAUAACCCAAAGCCACAGCCUACUCCCUAUGGUUCCUCUGAUUGAUGCUUCCUGAUGCUCAUUUAUGUGAACAAUUACCUGAAGUGUGGGGUAUUUGAAGCUUCACCCCUUCAUAAGAGAGAUUUUCAAUUCUCCAUUAAAAGAAAAUGGAGCUUAACUUGUUUGCCGGCUUCUUUGCCUGGACGUCAUCUCACUAGAAACAGUGUUAGAUCUGCAAAGAUGUCAUCUCAAAUCAUGGAAAAAAUGGAAUGCAAUGUGGUUGUGAAGGAGUACUUGCAAGAUCAUCCUCUCUCGUAUUCAUAUGAGGCUGCCAUGGAAGCACUUUCCUCCCUCAUUACUCGUAAAAAUCGAGGAGACAAAUCAUCUAUAGGUGGUAAAUAUGGAAAAAUGCAAAGAAUGUCUGAGUAUCUUAAGAUUCUUGGCUUGGAGGAGCAUCUAGAUGGGCUCAAAAUAAUUCAUGUGGCUGGAACUAAGGGGAAGGGUUCUACAUGCACAUUUUGUGAGGCUAUUCUACGGGAGUGCGGUUUUCAAACUGGACUCUUCACCUCUCCUCACUUAAUUGACGUGAGAGAACGAUUUCGUAUCAAUGGGUUGGACAUAUCCGAAGAUAAGUUUCUUCUGUAUUUUUGGGAUUGUUGGAACCAAUUGAAGGAAAAGGUUACAGAGCACCUGCCAAUGCCUCCGUUAUUCCAGUUCCUCACUGUUUUGGCUUUCAAGAUAUUUAUAUGUGAAAAGGUCGAUGUUGCUAUUAUUGAAGUUGGUCUUGGGGGUAAGAGGGACUCAACAAAUGUGAUUGAAAGGCCUGUUGUCUGUGGCAUUUCUUCUCUGGGGAUGGAUCAUACAGAGACCUUGGGAAAUACUCUUGGAGAGAUAGCUUCACACAAGGCUGGAAUCUUCAAGCCUCAAAUUCCUGCAUUCACUGUGCCCCAACUUUCUGAAGCAAUGGAUGCUAUUUUGCAGAGGGCUCACGAGCUGAAGGUUCCAUUGAAAGUAGCGGCACCUCUUGAAAACAAAAAUUUGGAUGGGUUGAAGCUAAGCUUGUCUGGUGAUCAUCAGUUCAUUAAUGCUGGUCUUGCUGUUUCCCUUUGCAAAUGUUGGCUUCAAAGAACAGGGAAUUGGGAAAAGCUAUUCCAAAAUGAAGCAGAUCUGCCGGUGUCUUUUCUUAGAGGUCUUUCAACUGCACAAAUUUCCGGGAGGGCUCAGAUUGUUUAUGAUACUUACUCUGAAUCCAAUAAUACAUUAAAAUUGUCUUCAAGUUCUUGUGGAGAUCUGAUCUUCUACUUGGAUGGGGCUCACAGUCCCGAAAGCAUGGAAGUUUGUGCCAAGUGGUUCUCUAGUGCUGUGAAAGGAAACAAUAAAUCAUCUUCUUCAUUUAAGGUUGAAGAUUUGGAGGAGGUUUGGGGGAAUGGUCAUAUUCAGCAAGAAAUUGGGAGCAUGAAGGAGUCCGAAAAACAAUUACAGCAGAUUCUGUUGUUCAAUUGCAUGGAUGUGAGAGACCCUCAGAUUCUGCUUCCACGGCUUGUGAGCACAUGUGCUUCCUCAGGAACUUACUUUGCAAAAGCGCUUUUUGUCCCAAGUAUGUCAACAUAUAACAAGGUCACUUCUGGUGCCUCAGUCAUUCCUUCAGAUGUCUGUGGCAGGGAUUUGUCUUGGCAAUUCUACCUCCAGAGACUUUGGGAGAAGAUUAUUCAUGGGAAAGAAGUAGGUACUUUUCAUGACAAGGGUGCAAGGAUGGACAAUGCAACAAUUUUAACACCUCAUGAAUUUCUUUAUGAGGAUGCUUCUCAUUGUAGUCCCGAGGAUAAUUAUUUUGCUUGCAGUGCAGUAAUGCCUUCAUUGCCAUUGACAAUAAAAUGGCUGCGGGAUUUUGUCAAAGAAAACCCGUCCAUGAAAGUUCAGGUUCUUGUCACUGGAUCACUGCACCUGGUUGGGGAUGUACUAAAGCUAUUGAAGAGGUGAUAUGCAUUAAGACAAGUGCCGAAAAUAGGGGUUAUACAAAACAUUCUUUCACUCAUUUGCAUCACAUUGAUUGAUUCUAUACCACAUUGUUGAAGCAGCUAAGCUUCUAAAUCAUAAUCUGCCAAACUGAUAAUGCUUCCUUGGCAAGUGACAUUCCACUGAUUUAUUUUGUGUAAAAUAAUUGAGGUUCACACCAUUAAUUACAAAAAUAUAUGUAUUUGGUGUUAAACAAUGCAUUUAUGGAUAAAUGUUACCUUUUUAUGCAGAAGAAGCAAAUUCCGAUUU